AUGAUAGGUUCAACAGAUCCCGAAGAGGAUGAAUUCGGCAUUGAUGAAGCAUUCGAUAAUUUACUUGCUACAUUACCAUUACCUGAUUUCAAUCCGAACACUUCAUCCAACUCAACUGUAUCUCAUUCUCAAUCUCGAAAACGGAAAGAAAUACCUACCUCAAACAAUGAUGCCUCGACUCAAUCGAACUGCUAUGAUGCCAUCCAAUUCGGACAAAUAGGUCAAUAUAUGGCUAACAAGCGACUUAAACUCAAAGUUCAAGAAUCAUUUCUUCGAGACGCCGAUGGUUUGAAAGGUUCAAGGCCUCAAUUCAUGGCAGGUUUGGUGAUCCAUGUCAAUGGCUACACCACUCCACCUCUUUCGGAAAUUCGUAAGAUGAUUGUGGUCCACGGCGGUACUUAUAUGGCUUAUCUAGAUCACAAGUCUGUUAUCACUCACAUUAUCGCCACUGCUCUCACUCCCAAAAAACGCGAAGAGUUCCGUUUAUAUAAAGUUGUCACUCCGUCAUGGUUGGUCGAUAGUGUCGAAGCUGGAAGACUUCUCCCCUGGUCAGAUUACACGCUCAAUAGUGCUACCAAAAAUAUUUCCAAAAACAUCAUGGGAGCGAAAUAUACACCCACUCCACCUCUCACCUCAGCUCCCACUACCUCUUCACCCGAUCAAAUACAGAGCGAGACUUCAACAAAUAACCCGUGUGGUCCUCUACAAGACGCUGCGAAUUCAAUCAAACUUAUUGAUCAUCAAGAUGAAGUGACUUCCAUUUUAGACUCUAAUGCACCCAACUUCAUCCAAGAAUAUUUCAGGCAAUCACGCCUUCAUCAUCUGAGUACCUGGAAGGCUGAUCUUUUACAAAAAGUAUCAACAUUGUUCGACCAGAAAGUGGGGCAAACUGGAAGGCACGUCCUUCCAAAGAAGCUGAUUGGAGAUGAGACCGAUGGUCGAACGAUCAUGCACGUCGACUUUGACUGUUUUUUCAUCUCAGCUGGACUCAUCAAACGACCCGAUCUCAGAGGAAAGCCCGUUGCUGUUUGUCAUGCUCAAACUAAUCAACCUACUGGUCAGAGGAGUACAAGUGAAAUCGCCAGCUGUAGCUACGAGGCUAGAGCAUUCGGAGUGAAGAACGGACAGUCGCUUGGAAAGGCCCGAGAGCUUUGUCCGCAGAUUCAGACCAUCCCAUACGACUUUACACUCUAUGAACAAAUCUCUUUGAAAUUCUACAACAUCUUGCUUUCAUAUGCUGAUGAAUUACAGGCUGUAUCGGUAGACGAAUGCCUAAUUGAUAUCAGUAGUAAGAAACCCAUUUCAUGUUCUAUGGAGACCCAAGAAAUCGCUUUGACUAAACUGGCAAACGAGAUCCGUACCAAAAUACGAUCCUCAACUGGAUGCGAAGCCUCGAUUGGUAUCUCGCAUAACAUCCUUUUAGCCAAGUUAGCAACCAAAAAGGCUAAACCGGCAGGAACUUAUCAUUUACAUGGGCCUCAGAUCGCUCAGUUACUUGGUGAUCUCAAAAUUGAUGAUUUACCAGGAGUCGGAUGGGCUCAAAAGGCCGACAUUGAAACCGCUUUCCAAGUUUCAAAUGUAGCACAAUUAGGACAAAUCUCAGUUUCUCAACUUAUUGACGUCAUGGGACCAAUCCGAGGCAAGACUCUACAUCUUUACUCGAAAGGGAUCGAUGACCGACCUUUAAAAUCUAGUCAUCAUGAUCGAAAGUCCGUCUCGGCAGUCGUCAACUAUGGAAUCCGUUUCAAGAAUCAAGAAUCAGGUGGAAAUCAACAAUCUUAUGAGUUUAUCAAGGAGCUUAGUCUUGAAGUCAGUCGAAGAUUAGUAGAACUUGGGUUACGUGGACGCCACCUAAGUUUGAAAAUUAUGAAAAGGGCAGCCAAUGCGCCGAUCGAAUCUGCGAAAUUCAUGGGGCACGGAGUGUGUGAUGAGUUGAGUAGAACCAGUAAGAUAUCUGGACCAGGUGACUCGGCGAUCGACGAUGGGUCAAGGAUUUGUGAAGAAGCAUGGAAGUUACUUAAGAAUUUAAAUAUUCCACCCGAAGAUUUAAGAGGGAUCGGAAUUCAAAUUCAAAAAUUAGAAAAAACUACAGUUGGUCAAAUUAACAAUACCAAAGGACAAUCCACCUUGACAUUCAAGCCUGGAAAACUUCAGUCAUCUGUCCGCGACUUAAACAAUUCACCGAAAGCAGUACAGGUUAUCACACCAAAGCCGAACCACUCGAACAAUCCAGCACCUUGUACCCAGCUUAUCAUACCUUCUUCAUCUCAAAUCGACCCAGAGGUGGUGGAUGCACUUCCUACACCUAUGCGAAACACAGUUAUGAAAUCGAUCAACCUUUCCCGCUCAUCA